GUUUGGGUUUGGAGCUCGAGUUGGACUACAUUACCCCCAGAAAGGUCAAACCAAAUCGAACCCCCGUAGAGCUGCAGCAUCCAUCCAUCUCCGGCCGCCGCCGUGCUGCCGGGAGGCGGGAGCAGCAGCCCGCGCGUCGUCGAGGUUAGGGUUUGAUCGCGCGAGAUGGGGACCUCCUCGGGCGCCAACUUCCACCAGCAGCAGCAGCCGCCUCCGCCGUCGUCCGCUGCGGCGGCGGGGGGAGCGCAGGGGAUGCUGCCACCGCGGCGGCCCACCGGCCUGCAGACCUCGCUGUCCCUGGCCUCCUCGGAGCAGGUCGGCUCGCCGGAGAUGCAGGAGCCCGGGUCGAACUCCGACCAGGGGCACGACUCCGCCACCGAGAGCGCCAGCUCCAGGGAGACCUGGCCCGCGGAGCCCAACCACGGUAGCGCCGCCGCGGUGGCUGCCACCGCCGUUAGCGGCGGCGGCGGCGGCGUUGGUGUGAGGAUUAUGGAGAAGGAGAAGGAGGUGGGGAAUGGUAUUCCCAAGCUUCAGGUUAUCCGCGGGGCCUCCCGCCUUGAUAGGAUGUCGCUGCGUGAGGUUGCUCGGGAGAGGGUCGAUCUAGUUGCCGAGAAAAUGAAGGUGAUGCCGGAGGAGCAUUUGGAGGAUAUGAAGAACGAGCUCAGGUCCAUUCUCGAGGGCACCGGGGGUUCUCACCACAUCGAAGAGUUCCUGUAUCUCCAGAAGUUUGUUCAGGGCAGGGGCGAUCUCACGCAGACCAUGCUUUCGCUGGCGCACCAUGUGCAGCUCGAGAUCCUUGUCGCGAUCAAGACGGGAAUCCAGGCGUUUCUGCACCCCAGCGUUACCAUUCCGCAGAGCCGCCUGGUCGAGGUCUUCUUGUACAAGAGGUGCCGGAACAUCGCUUGCCAGAGCGCUCUCCCCGCAGAGGAGUGUAGAUGCAACGUCUGUGCUAACAGGAAUGGCUUUUGCAACCUCUGCAUGUGUGUGAUUUGCAACAAGUUUGAUUUUGAGGUCAACACGUGCCGCUGGAUUGGGUGUGACUUCUGUUCUCACUGGACUCACACGGACUGUGCAAUUCGUGAUGGCCAGAUUGGGAUGGGCCAGUCAAUUAAGAGCGGUACUGGUCAUGCUGAAAUGCUUUUUAGGUGCCAGGCUUGCCAGAAAACAUCAGAGCUUUUAGGUUGGGUUAAGGAUGUUUUCCAACAAUGUGCUCCUGGUUGGGAUAGGGACGCAUUGUUGCGUGAGCUUGAGUUUGUCUGCAAGAUAUUCCGUUUAAGUGAAGAUUCAAAAGGAAGGAAAUUGUUCAGGAAAUGUGCAGAUCUGAUUGAAAGGUUACGUAAUAGUCCUGCCGAUGCCAUCAAUCCUAGGAUGAUACUGCAGCUGCUCCAAGAGCUUGAGUUGGAUUCCCCCAAGAGCACAGAAAAUGAAGAAAUAGGGCGCUUGAUCACUCCCCAGGAGGCCUGUAAUCGUAUUGCAGAGGUUGUCCAUGAAGCCGUUAAAAAGAUGGAGCUUGUCGCUGAAGAGAAAAUGCGACUCUACAAAAAGGCUCGCAUUGCUGUGGAGGCCUGUGACCGUGAGCUUGAUGAGAAGGCCAGAGAACUUCAGGAGCUGAAGGCCGAGAGGCUGCGCAAGAAGCAGCAAGUGGAUGAGCUAGAGAGCAUAGUUCGGUUGAAGCAGGCCGAGGCUGAGAUGUUCCAGCUCAAGGCAAAUGAGGCCCGUCAGGAAGCCGACAGGCUCCAGAGCAUUGCUCUUGCCAAAUCUGAGAGGGCCGAGCAGGACUAUGCCAGUCUAUACCUGAAGCGCCGCCUGGAGGAAGCUGAAGCAGAGAAGCAGUUCCUUUUCGAGAAAAUAAAGUACCAGGAGACUCAAAGGCCCAUGCAGGCGAGCGGCAGUGGUGCUGGCGAUUCAUCGCAAACGCCCAUGCUUUCCAAGAUUCACGACCUCCUCAAGAACGUCCGCAGCAUACCGCCGAAGUCGGAGGGGCAUCAAUGAAAACAAGAGCAGCAGAGCUGUUUACAAUCCAGGCUGAUGGAUCUAGUUGUUGUCGUUAUGAUGUAUGCUGAUUUCCUUCAGUGUAAAUUGUUAGCAAAAGGUGGUUGUAACAAUAUUAUUGGAGCUAACGGUGUGCAAUCGUAGGAUCCAAUAUAUACUAGCCUGGUGUUUCCAGUUGAGCAUAUUGAUGGGAAAUAGCCGAAGCACCUGCACUUUGUAGUAGCAAAAGAACUUGUCUUGUCAUGUAUGACCAUAUCUGACAUUGUUAGAUCGAAUGAUUUGUAUAAUUUGUGAUGUACCAAUGUAUGUAACCCUGUCGUUUAUUUGGUUAAAUACGGACUCUUCCUGAG